CACAGACCGAGAGAACCCGUCAGAAGCAGGGAAGAGGCCCUCGUCGGCUCCGUUCAUGGACGACCCCUGGCCUCUGGACCGGCUCCGUCUCUGUCUCUGACCACACACUCGUCCAGGAUGAGCUGUAAGGUGGCGCUAUGGCUGCUGCUCGCCGGCCUGCUGUGCGUCGCCUCCACCGGCCGUAAGACCCGACCGCAGGGAUCCAUCCCGUCGCCCCACAAAACCGGCUCCAACACCUCCGACCGGCGCGCCCGCAAACAGGAAGUGCUGGCCUCCAGCCAGGAAGCUCUGGUGGUAACGGAGCGCAAGUACCUGAAGAGCGACUGGUGCAAGACGCAGCCGCUACGGCAGAUGGUCAGUCAGGAGGGCUGCAAGAGCCGCACCGUCAUCAACCGCUUCUGUUAUGGCCAGUGCAACUCCUUCUACAUCCCGCGGCACGUCAGGAAGGAGCAGGAGUCCUUCCAGUCCUGCGCCUUCUGCAGGCCGCAGCGCUUCACCAGCCUCACCGUGGAGCUCGACUGCCCCGACCUGCAGCCGGACGUCCGCUAUCGCAAGAUCCAGCGCGUCAAGCAGUGCCGCUGCAUGUCCGUCAGCGUGUCCGAGUCUGGGAAACAGUGAGAUCCUGACGACGUUUCACUGGAAAGUCCUGCUGCUAAUCUGAGCUGAAAGACUGCAAGGCUUCAUCACGUCAUCGCAAGACUGUCCUGCUGGACACCGGUCAAUAUCGGUCAGCACUAGUGUCCAACAGUCACCACUGAUCACUAUCGGUCAGGACUAGUGCCAACGGUCACUACUGAUCACUAUCGGUCAGCACUAGUGCCAACAGUCACCACUGAUCACUAUCGGUCAGCACUAAUGCCAACAGUCAUCACUGAUCACUAUCGGUCA